GCUCGGUAAAAAUAGUUUUAACUUGAUGUUUUUUCUAAACAUAGUUUAUUUGAUUCAACAAAGCGGAUGGGUCCAUCACACGUUGAGAAGAAUCGAAAAGGAAAAAUUGAUUAUCACACAUACAUACGAAAAACAUACACUCACACACAAUAGUAGAUAGAUGAAACAUGCAGGGCUUCACCUGAAAUAUCUGAAAUGUUUGGAAAAACCUGAAAAUCGAAAAACUAGACUUUUGUCAUAUUUUAAUUUUUUCUUGUUCUAUUUCCCAUUUUAAAAAUCCGACUUAUACAUGAAUCAAACGAGCUGAAAAAACUGAACAAGAUAGGCUAGUUUUAAGAAGUUCAAUUCAUAAAUUAGUGGCCAAAAAAAUUCAAUUCAAAAGGAUACUAUAUUCUUAAAGAACAGAAUGGCAGAGUACCCUGAACACUGUUACAAAAGAGCUGCUCAAUGUGUCGAAUGAAACUGUUUUCUGGCCUCCUGAUUUUUUUUUUGAAAAAACCUGAAAACUUUUACGCGCUCACCUGAAAAACCUGGCAGGUAUUUCGAAUUUUUCACUCUCACCCCUGAACAUGUGAAAUAGAGAGCGAGCAUAUAGAAUAACGUCAUAAAAGGAACAUAAAUUUUUCUACGUAAGAUAAUACAAGACUGAAAUAAAUAUAAUUAUGGGAAACAUGAAGAUGUGUAUGCAGUUUGAUAUAUUUGAGAAACACUAAGUCUAUUGCAAAAGGGAUUAUAUCUGUAGGGGUUCUCAUAUUCAUUUUGAUGGUACAGAAGUUACAACACAUCAUGGACGAAAACGAUUUGUAAUUUAUCAUAUUGUCACCACUUGUCUUGGUACUCCACCAACAACAUUUGAAUACGAGUAUUACGAUUCAAGUAAAGAAUAUCAUAAAAUCGGACCAAUUACGCCUCUUGCGUUUUAUGAAAAACAUGUGAAACCAGUUUAUAAUGUUGAUGAAAAAGUUUGUUUGGUUCAUGAUCCACGUGCUUCACAUCCGUAUAAUAAAUUAUAUACUGUCGAAUAUCUUGGAAAUAUUGUUGGAAGCAGAGAGACAUUGUACAACAAUCAAGAAAUUUCUGUUUUGAAAAAAGCUGCAUAUGAUUCAAUUAAAGCUGAUGAAGCUAAAUUUGGUAUAAUGGAUUUAUCGAUACUUAAUACCGAAUUAUUUUUUAAUUCAACAUGGCCAUGUCAAAAUAAAGCCUCUCGAUUGGAGUAUGGUGAAUCAUUGAUGACGCAUGCGAUGGUAUUUACUGGUGUACAUGUAGAAAAAUCAUUAUCGUUGAACACAAAUCAAACAGCUGGACAACAACAACAACAAACUCCGAAACCUUCAAAUGAUAGUAAUCAUGUUUCGUCAGAUGAACAAGGAACAUUAAAUAAUAAUGAAUUAGCUCGUAAUAAUAGUGAUAAUUUAGUUUGUGUAUGUAUGUGUGAUAAUCAAUUUUUCCUUUUCGAUUCUUCUCAACGUGUGAUGGACCCAUCCGCUUUGUUGAAUCAAAUAAACUAUGUUUAG